AUGGAAGAGCAGAAGGAGCCCAGCAGCAGCCGGGACUCGACCGAGGAGGAGAGCAUGUCCCUGUCGCCGAACCUCCCAUCCCCUCCCAUGAUUUUACCCCACCAGGCCGCUCAGCAGGCCCACAGAACCACGAACUUCUUCAUAGACAACAUCCUCCGGCCGGACUUCGGCUGCAGGAAGGAGGCGAGCUACCGCGAGCGGAGCCAGACGCCGGGCCGAGAAAACGUGAACCCGCUGGGCGCGAGGCCGCCGCACGCCGGCAGCCUCUGCCUGGACUCCAACUGCAGCAGCGACAGCGCCUCGUCGUCGCCCUCCUCCUCGUCGUCCUCGUCCACGUCCUCCUCGCCGUCGUCCAAGCAGAACUCGUCGAAACAGGGCGAGCCGGCGAGCAACGGGACGGGCAGAUACGCAGACAGCCCGUCGUCAAUAAUGGUUAUGAGCGGCGGCAAUGGAGGAUCGUCAGGCGCAAAGGACAGCCAGCCGCUGUUGUGGCCCGCUUGGGUUUACUGUACACGGUACUCGGACCGGCCCUCAUCUGGCCCGAGGACACGGAAACUGAAAAAGAAGAAGAGCAGCAAGGAGGACAAGCGGCCCAGGACAGCGUUCACGGCCGAGCAGCUGCAGAGACUGAAAAACGAGUUCCAGGCCAACCGCUACAUAACGGAGCAGCGGAGACAGUCUCUGGCCCAGGAACUCAACCUGAACGAGUCCCAAAUCAAAAUCUGGUUCCAGAAUAAGAGGGCCAAGAUCAAAAAGGCCACCGGCUACAAGAACGGCCUGGCCCUGCAGCUCAUGGCGCAAGGACUGUACAACCACUCGACGACCACCGUGCAGGAGGACAAGGAGGAGAGCGAGUGA